AAAUGUGGUCACUUUCAACAUGGUACGGCGUAGUGUUGUCUUUUUCUCUCCCUCUCUACCUCUUCCUUCUCUGUGUGUGUAUUGGCACGGGAAUAGCGUUAAUAUCAGAGUAGGACGAAUAUGUUGGCAUCCCUCGAGACCAUCCCGAGAGCUAUCACUCCUUCAUGUGGAGGCAUUUCUUCUCCCACGUCAACGUGAACCCAAACAAUGUCCACAUUCUCAAUGGAAACGCCGAGAAUCUUGAGGCUGAAUGCGUCGAGUAUGAGGUCAAGAUCAAGCGUGCCGGAGGCAUCGACUUGUUCCUGGGCGGGAUCGGCGAAGACGGCCAUCUCGCCUUCAACGAACCCGGCUCCAGCCUCGCCUCGAGGACCCGCGUAAAGACCCUGGCCUACGAUACGAUCCUGGCCAACUCCCGGUUCUUCGGCAACGAAAUUGACAAGGUCCCCAAGAUGGCCUUGACGGUUGGCGUCCAGACCGUCCUCGAGGCGAGGGAAAUCGUCAUCAUCAUCCUCGGCGCCCGCAAGGCGCUCGCUCUACAGAAAUGCAUCGAGCAAGGCGUCAAUCACAUGUGGACGCUUUCGAGCCUCCAACUACACCCCCACCCGAUGAUAGUGUGUGAUGAGGAUGCAACCCUCGAGCUGCAGGUGAAGACGGUCAAGUACUUCAAGAGCAUCGAGCAGGUUGCCAAGCAACAAGGCUUCGAGCAGAUCCUACCCUCGCGCAUCCGAACCGGGCCAAAGCCGGCGCCGAUACCGAGAACGGUGAUCAACGAGGUGCAGUCUCCCACCAUCCUAGCGCCGCAGCCCAUGACGUCCCGCCUAUUACUGGCGACGCCGGCCACUGAAUACCCGAUCCGGUCGGUAUCUCCGGACCUAAUCCCGGAUCGGAUGGCGGAUCGAGUCAAGGGGAUACCCGACAUCUCGAGGCGACUGACCCCGCAACCAGAGCAUCAACAGCACCGGGUGGCCAGCGUUGGGGCGUGAAAAAGCCCUUUUGGGCAACUCCCGGUAUCAGGUAGGCUUAGAUGGGCUGUGUGAUUUCCUUCGUCUCAGGCAGGGUCAACCGGACGUCUAGACGCUCUAAGGGUUGAAUUGAGAGAGCCAACCGGAUACUUACUCGUUACUCGGCGGUUAGAAGAUUAACAGCGAUAUUAUGCGGGGGUAGUCACCUGCUGCGGGAUUACAUCUUAGGGAGAUAGAGACUAGGCCGACAUCUCUCGUUCUUUGGGUCGGGUGGCUCUGUAUGCUUAUUUUCGUCGACGAUAGUAAGAUAGCGAUCACCAUGAAGAAAGGGGUGUGUAAGUAUGCGUGUAUGUAUAGACAGUCGGGUCUCACCAGGUCAUUAGAUACCUCUUUUAUUUAGAUACCCAAAUAUAUACAUAUCAUACUAUUCAUUUGCGUUGUCUCUGUGUUUUCCGUUACUCGUAUUUUGUACGCUCCUGUAUCCUUUCUGCGGUGCAU